AUGUCAGAUGGGGACUAUGACCCAGAGGAUCGUUCCCUGAAGCGUCAGCUGAACGAGGCAGAGGAGGAGGCUAGUCGUAGAGAGGCUCAGUACCGCCACACCCAGAGAGAACUGACAGAGGAGAGAGAGACCUCCACCAGGCUACAGAGACAGCUCCUGGACCAGCACCUCCAACUCAAGCGUAAGGAGUCCACCUUGCAAAUGAGGCAGACUCUGGAGAAACUGCGUCUGGAUCUCAGUGUAGAUGAGGAGGACCAGGCUGCCUCAGUACCCACCUCCUCCAAGGCUUGAAGAAAAUCACCCUUCCAGGAUAACAACA